GCCUCUGGAAGGAAGGGACCAAGAGCAAGUCUUUGGCUUCUGGGCUCACCUGAUACCUGUGACACAACAAAUCCGCAGUCAUGAAGAUCCUUUACCUGCUCUUUUCUCUCCUCUUCUUGGCACUCCAGGUUUCUCCAGGUUUGUCUUCACCCCGGCGGGACAUGUUUCUCUGUAGAAGAGGGUCCUGUCACUUUGGAAGAUGUCCGUUCCACCUGGUUAAAGUUGGAAGUUGCUUGGGGUUCCGGUCCUGCUGCAAAUCGCCAUGGCAAAUAUAAAAACUUCAUAGGCUGACCAUUCAAGAGCGAAGAAAAUUUCUUCUAAACCUCAGAAUUUGAUUGGAAUCCCCUUACUGCUAAAACCACCAGAUCCUGCUACAAAGCCUCAUGCACCUUUCAGUUUUGAUGCAAAAAGCUUUAUGAUGUAGAGUAAAUCCAAACUUAUUCUCUAUUGCUUUCCCUCCUUUUGAAUAAAUUGUUGUUGCUUAGC